AUGAAAAUAGAGCCUCAAGAUGUAAGGAAGGACCCCGUGACCAAGGACCUCGAGGCGGCAAGGCCCGCCUCGGCGCUUGGCGGAAAUGUUCACGAUCCGAGCGUGGGCCUGCAUGAGCUCCGCUCACUUAUGGAGGCUCGAGGAGCAGAGGCAAUCGUUCGGCUGAGCACCGAGCACGACGGGCUUGAGGGGCUCUGCGGAAAAUUGCGCGUGGACGCCUCGAAAGGGUUGCCCAACGACCCGCAAAUCCUCGAACAUCGCAGGAAAAAGUUCGGCGCCAACACCAUCCCGCCGGCGAAGAGCAAGAAGUUGUGGGAGUUGAUAUGGAACGCGUGCAAGGACCCAACCCUCAUCAUCUUGGUGUGCUCGGGGAUGUUCUCCCUCGGCCUAUCCUUCUACGAUCCGGAGGCCGACCCGGCAGUCGUCCCCCUCAACAACGCAACGCUACCCUUUACGGCCCUGAACGCCACUUUCCCUUUGACCUCAACUACCGAGGGGCCCGAGGAGGAGGAGAAGGGCCACGGCAGCGCCUGGAUCGAAGGGGUGGCCAUCCUGAUUUGCGUGGUGGUCGUCGUGCUCGUCACCGCACUCAACGACUUCUCCAAGGAGCGACAGUUUAGGAGUUUGCAGGCAAAAAUCGAGACGGGCCACAAAUUCUCCUGUAUCCGUAAUGGCGAGGAAAUGGACAUCCCAGUCAGCGACAUCGUUGUGGGCGACAUCUUGCGCGUCAAAUACGGAGAUUUGCUCCCGGCUGACGGCUUCUUGGUCCAAGGAAACGACCUGAAAAUCGACGAGUCGGCGCUGACCGGAGAAUCGGAUCAUAUCCGAAAGAGUCCGGAGAGCGAUCCGGUUCUGUUGUCGGGGACCUACGCUAUGGAGGGUUCCGGAAAGAUGCUGGUGACGGCCGUUGGUGUCAACUCGCAGACCGGAAUCAUCAUGAUGCUACUCGGCGCGGGGAAGGGGCCCGAUGGAGAGGAUGACGACUCAAAAUCCACCUCAUCCUCGUCCUCAUCCUCCUCCUCGUCCAGCUCCAGCUCGUCCGGCUCCACAAACUCGAACUCCUCCUCCACCUCCUCCUCCUCAUCAGCCGACGACUUGUGCGCCAAGUCGGUUCUCCAGAGCAAGCUGAGCAAGUUGGCGCUGCAGAUUAUUUAUUGCGGUACCACCGUGGCAGUGAUCGCGCUGAUUUGGCUGAUCGCCCGGUUCUGCGUGACCACCUACCUGAUCGAGGGGCGCCCAUUUUCGUUGGCCGACGUGCAGAUGUUCGUCAAGUUCUUCAUCAUCGCCGUCACGAUCUUGGUCAUCUCCAUCCCGGAGGGAUUGCCGUUGGCUAUUGCGCUUGCAUUGACGUAUUCGGUUCGAAAGAUGAUGUUCGACAACAAUCUCGUCCGUCACUUGGAUGCCUGCGAAACAAUGGGCAACGCCACUUCGAUUUGUUCCGACAAGACCGGAACCCUCACCACCAACCGGAUGACCGUUGUCGAUUCCUACAUCAAUGGAAACCACUACGAGGGCCAAGACAAGCAGCCGAAAGGCUCUUCCCUUCCCGGAAAGACUUAUGAACUCUUCACCAAAGCCAUCGCCAUCAAUUCAUCGUAUUCUUCCCAAAUUGUGCAGCCGACCAAGCCUACCCAGCAAUUGCAACAGCUGGGAAACAAGACGGAGUGUGGAUUGCUCGGCUUCGUCAACCAUUUGGGCAGCGAUUAUGCGCAGAUUAGGAGGGAGUUCCCGGAGGACAACUUUUUCAAGGUGUACACCUUCAACUCGUCGCGCAAAUGUAUGAUGACCGUAGUGCGACUCAUUGAAGAUGGAAAAGACGUCGGCUACCGUGUCUACUGCAAAGGAGCCUCUGAAAUUGUGCUCGGCCGAUGCUCCUACAUCAUUGGAGUGGACGGGUGGCCGCACGCCUUCUCAAGUGACCGUCUCGCCGAGAUCAACGAGACUGUGAUCUCAAAAAUGGCGAGCAAUGGGCUGCGCACGAUUUGCGUCGCGUUCAAGGAUUACGUAAGGAAAGGCACCCGCGAAGCCGAUCCGAUGGAGAUCCCAUUCGAAAACGAGGAGGAUAUUGACUGGAACGACGAGGAGGAGAUGAACUCAAAAUUUAUCGCCAUCGGGCUGUGCGGCAUCCAGGAUCCGGUGCGUGAUGAGGUUCCUGCCGCUAUCGAGAAGUGUCGACGGGCCGGGAUUACAGUACGCAUGGUGACUGGUGACAACAUCGACACCGCCCGCGCCAUCGCCCGCUCCUGCAAAAUCCUGGAGCCCGGCGAUGAUUUCCUGGCCCUCGAGGGCAAGGAGUUCAAUGCCAGAAUCCGCGACGAGAACGGCAAGGUGUGCCAGGACAAGCUUGACCAAAUUUGGCCCCGUCUGCGCGUGUUGGCCAGGGCUCAGCCGGCCGACAAGUACACUCUGGUGAAGGGGAUCAUCGACUCGAAGGCAACUGCGCAGAGAGAAAUCGUUGCCGUAACUGGCGAUGGUACCAACGACGGGCCGGCCCUCAAAAAAGCCGACGUCGGCUUCGCGAUGGGCAUCGCGGGUACGGACGUGGCCAAGGAGGCAUCCGACAUCAUCCUCACCGACGACAACUUUACAUCCAUUGCAGUAAUGUGGGGCCGUAACGUGUACGACUCGAUCGCCAAAUUCCUGCAGUUCCAGCUGACCGUCAACGUGGUGGCUGUGAUUACGGCGUUUAUCGGAGCACUGUUCGUCUCGGACUCGCCGUUGAAGGCGGUGCACAUGCUGUGGAUCAACCUCAUCAUGGACACGUUGGCAUCGUUGGCGUUGGCCACCGAGGUCCCCACCGACGAUCUGCUCAACCGCAAGCCGUACGGCCGUAAAAAGUCGCUGAUCUCGCGCACGAUGGUGAAGAACAUUGUCUGCCACGCCGUCUACCAGCUGAUCGUCCUCUUCACGUUCCUCUUCUACGGCCACAAGAUCUUCAACGUGCCGUCGGGCAUCGGCGCCAAGCUGUACGCCCCGCCUACCGUUCAUUUUACGAUCAUCUUCAACACGUUCGUAAUGAUGACGCUGUUCAACGAGUUUAACGCGAGGAAGGUGCAUGGGGAGAGGAAUAUUUUCAAGGGCCUACUGAAAAACCGCGUGUUCUGCAUCAUUUGGCUGUCGACGUUCAUCGGGCAGAUUCUGAUCAUCAACUACGGAGGGGAAUGGUUCUCGGUCGCGCCGCUGACGUUGGGACAAUGGGCCGUCUGCCUGGGCUUCGGUCUGUCCGAGCUGGCCUGGGGCCAGGUCGUCGCCACGAUCCCCAGCAAGAAGCUCCCCAAGAAUUUCACCUACUUGAAGGGCCCAAUGGAGCCUUCGAAGCUGCACAUCAACGGCGACUACAACGUCAACGUCCGGUCGCGCGCGUUGAUGGCCCGGCGGACCGGAAAGGGACUGUGGAUUCGAGGAAUGCAACUGCUUGGCAUGCAUUUCCGCGUGCUGCGCGCGAUGAAGCUGGCGCAGCCGAUGCGCGGUUUCGGGCGCACCGCCCCCGAAAUGACGGCCUCUGACGCGCAGCGGUGGAGGAACAGCUACAGGAAAUACCGGCACCAGAAGCACGUCGAGAGGAAAGCCGCCGAAGCCAAGGCGACGGAAGCGCAGCCGGAAGUGGCGGCCGGCAAGUCGAAGUUGCCCCCAGAGCUGAAGGAGAAGAAGAAGACCUUCCACAAGAUCAAGACGAUCGCCGGAAACCCUACUGUACAUCACCACAAGAAGAAGGGAAAGGGCAGGGGCAACGAGGCAGCCAGCAGCGACGCGGGCGGCGCGAUGAGCGACGUUGAUCUCGACGACAAA